AUGAAUAUUGUUCCAUCAUCAUCAUCCUUAUUUUGGAGAAACAAGAAUCCUCUGAAACGACGGCGACGGCGGAGGCGCCUCAAGACCAAAGUCUAUGUGAUUCUCCUGGUCGGUACCUGCCUGAUAAUCUUGCACAUUUAUGAACAUUGGCAAUGGAGUGAAUUUCGAAAUGUGUAUUGGACGGAAGAGCUGCUGGUAUAUGAUGGAGGAGGAUAUAACAGGAGUGGGACAUCCUCACCCUCUUCGGCCUCCAACAAUAAGAACAACAACAAUCUCAGAGCAGGAGGAGGUACGAAUAAUGAGAAUCACAAUAAGUCUCCCAAGAUGAAUGACAAUAAUCGUAAUGAUAAUCCAAAUGCCAAGUGGAAUCCUGAAAUCAUCUUUACCCAUCGAGACGUUCACUUGUCGGAACAGGCGGAUGCUACAGCAACAACAAAAAGUGCUACGUUUAUGGAAGACACCAAGAACAAGGCUUCUUUUGUGAGAGAUUCCCGUCAAAGCAUUCAAUUUUCGGAUUUUGUCAAUAAACCAAACGACAAUGACAACGACAACAAUGACAAUACAAAACAACAAGACGUCUCAUCAUCCUCCUUGACGUACGAACAAGCCAAGGAAGGACGAGAACCAUUGUUGGAAAUCUUGGAACACGACUUGGGAUUGGCCAAAUUGACGACUACCGAACUGUUGCAAUUGCCAAAGUGGUCCGAAAUUCAAGACUUGUAUGGUUCCAAACCGAUGCUGGUCGGUACGGAUACCUGUCUCAAAUAUCAGACGAAAGUUCCAUUGCAGGAUCGAUACAUUGGCGUGGCGGGUAGUUUCAAUUCAGGAACGACCGCCUUUGGACUUUCGUUGCAACAAAAUUGUCGAUUUCCCAAUCGUCGUCAUAGUCGUCAUAAUCGUCGUCAUAAUCGUGACACUCAAACGGCAGGGGAAGGAAACAAUAAGAAUCCAGCGGGCAACAUUGUCACCAAUGUUCAUGGCAUGUUGAAUCAAGUCCCUUGGGCCAAACACAAAAUGGCACGAGAACGUUUUGGUCAUACCAUUGACGAAUCCAUACCCAAAGAAAAUGUCUUGCCGGUAGUACUGGUACGGGAUCCCUAUUAUUGGAUGCAAAGCAUGUGCAAACAGGGAUAUGGCGUACGAUGGGAUCACAAUGCCAAGAAACAUUGUCCGAAUUUAGUCCCCAAUGAGUACGAUCAAAAACGAUUUAAGCGAUACGCCUCUUUGAAUCAAACUUCGGUACCCGUGUGGAUGGGGCAAAGUUAUGAAAGUGGUCCUCAUUGGGAUUCGUUGGUACAUUAUUGGAACGAUUGGUAUGGGUCGUACUAUUACAACAACAACAAUAGCAACAACGACAACGACAAUCAUCAAACUGCAAACAAUAAUCAUCAAGAGGAUUUCCCCCGUUUGAUGAUUCGAUUCGAAGAUACAUUAUUUCAUGCCAAGACGGUAAUGAAACUGGUAUGUGCCUGUGGUGGUGGCAUCUUUUCGGGCAAUGAGGAUGAGGAGGAAGACGAUGGAGGAGAAAUCAAUAUUGGAUUUACAAAUGAUAAUACUGCCAAGCAACAACAACAACAACAACAUCAAAUGGGUAGUGCCUUUCGUCCGAUUGUCGACGAAGCCAAGUUUGAACACAAACAUGUUCAAAACAAUCUGGUGUCGGCUAUUGUGAAAUAUGGUACCGAAAAGGGACGGUAUCGAAACAUGACCCAGGACGAUUUGGAAUUUGCACAAACUCAUUUGGAUUCCGAACUGAUGAAAGCCUUUCAUUACAAGCAGAGAACGUGA